AUAGAAAGAAACCCCGCCCCCUUUAUGCACAACGUGACCGAAGACGUGAUGGCGUCACGCCUGCGCUACGUCCACUGUCAUGGCGGCGCCCUGAGCGAGAAACUUCCAUGCGCAAAUCUAACGCUUGUAGUUUAAAAGCGCUCUACACAAAGACAGGAGAAGGAUGCCAGCUGCACUAAACCUCAGCAAUGAGGUGGUGAAGAUGAGAGCCGAGGUGAAGCGGGUGAAGGUGCUCAUCAUCCGCAAGCUCACCCGCCAGAUCGCCGUCCUGAAAAAGAAGAAAGGGACCGAAGCCGACCUGGAGAGGAACCAGAGGAGAGCAGCGAGGUUGCUCGAGGAGAUUCAAGUACUGAAGGCACUCGCACCAGACAGCGUUACCAAGGCAGCCCUGCAGAGUGACAUAAGCUUUGAGAAAGUGUGCCAGAAGAAAGAGUCCAGCUUGUCAGAACGUGCCACAGCUCGAAUCGCCACCCACCCUGAGUUCAGCAAGAGAAUUCAGAGCAUCAAAAAUGCUGUCGAGGCCUUCAAAGCAGAGAGAUUGAGCGCUGAGAAGAAAGAAAAAAAAUCUAGAGAUGAAGAGAGAGAAUCAGGACUAGAUAGUGGCCAUGAAGAAGAAGAGGAGGAAGAUGAUGAUGAUGAUGAUGGUUGUUCUCAAGAGGUCCAAAAACAAGAAGAGCAACUAAAGGAACCAACAGAGCAGAAUAAGGAUCCACUCAUAGAAAAAGAGAGCCCGUCAGAAACAGGCAACAUUCCAGUCGAGGUGGUGAGGAUGAGGAAGGAGGUGAAGAAACUCAGAGUGCUGAUUAUCCGGAAUCUCGUGCAGCAGAUCGCUGCUCUCAAGAAGACGAAGGCUGAAGAGUCUGAGCUGAAAGGGAACAUGGAGUGUGCGGCACGGCUGCAAAAAGAAGUCGAGGUUUUGAGGACGCUUCUACCCGAUCAUGUUACCACCAGAGCUCUCGAGGGGAGCAUUGACAUGGAGAAAGUGUUCCAGGAUCCGGAGUCUAGCGCAGUGGAGAGAGCGACGGCACGGAUUGCCACGCAUGCACGCUUUGUGAAGAAGCUUCAAGAUGUCAGACAAGCCAUAGAGGGAGAGAAGAUAAAAGCCGCAAAAGCUGGAGAAGCGAAUAAGAAUGUUAGCGAAGUGAUGAAGGCUGAACAUAGUGAAGGGGAGGUUGAAGACAAGGAGGAAGAGGAGGAGGAGGAGGAGGGGGAGGAGGAUGAAGAGGCAAGUGAUGACAAUGAUGAUGAGGAAGAGGAGGAGGAGGAAGAGGCAAGUGAUGACAAUGAUGAGGAGGAGGAGGAGGAGGAGGAGGAGAAUGUAAAAAUAAAAGAGAAAAAUCCGACCUUAAUGGUAAUGUCAAAUUUUGGAAAGCCACCAGAGGACACCAAGCUGGCUUCUGCACAAGAGCAACCUAAAAGAGUAGAGCUGGAGAAAGCUUCAAAAAGUCCUGAAAAUCCAAAAUCUAGUUCCAAAACACUCGUCAAAGCAGUCCAGAGUCUACCAUCCAAGAGCAAAGAAGCAGCACCAACACCUGUGAGACACAUCUCCAAACCUGACACCAAGAAACCAGAAAGCAAAAAGGUCACAGAAGAGUCCGAUUUGUCUGAUUCUGAAGAGGAGAAAGAGUAUUUCGACGACAGCACCGAAGAACGUUUCCACAAACAGUCUUCUUAUUCAGAGCAGAGCGACGACGACGACGACUUCUUCCUCGGGAAAGUGAGCAAGCUGAAGAAGAAGAAGAAAAGUGACACCGCGUCCAGACCCGACAAAACAAACAACUCUAACAAGCCUCCAGAGAAAGAGGUUAAAGAAACAGCUCAGUUUAAAAUUCAGUCUGUUUUCUGCUCUACAUUGUCCAAAUCCAGCAUUUCCUCUCAGAAAGGUAAACACGGUGCUCCCAAACAGCGGCCUUUCCAAAACCAGAAACAUGAAGAGAAACCAUUGUGGGGGAAAAACCAAGGAUCUGGAAGGGAAAGAAAACCUGCGGGAUUUAAAAUUCAGACUCCUGGAUCGGGAGGAGGAGAUAAAACUGGUAGACCUGCAUUUGAUCGGAAAAACACUCCAAUUAAUAAAGUAGGGAAACAUUCCCAGCAUGCCCUGCAUCCGUCAUGGGAAGCCAGCAGGAAGAGGAAGGAGCAGCAGGCACAGAUCACAGCCUUCCAAGGGAAAAAGAUCAAAUUUAAUGAUGAUGAUGAUGAUGAUUAACAUCUCUCAGGAUCGUUUUUUGUUUUUAAAACAUUUACGUAGAUUUCAUAUUCAUUCACUUUGAUAUGUUAGAAUGGUUUAAGACAUUUUCAUGGUUGUAUGUGUAAAUCCUGAAUAAAUGUAAAUACUGGAUGUGUUUUCAUCUUGUUGCUGGAAGUUUCCUGGACAAAAAUAAUUGAGAAUGAUUAGUAUUAUUUUUAACAUUUGUCUUUUAUGUUUACUUUGUUUUAUUUCUGGGACCUGUAAUGUAAGGAAUAAAACAUAUCGAGGUUA